AUGCUGCAUCAUACUAAUGCUGCUACUCAGGAUGACGAUCUUCUUGCGAUAAAUAACAUCCGCAAAGCGGGGCGCUAUCACUGGCUGAUAAUGCCCAAGUUGCAUAGCUGGCGCGACGUUGAGAAGCUAGAAUUCGAGGAUGUGCCGUUAGUCGACUCCAUGGUGGAACUAGGAGAAUAUCUCCUGGAACGGAACUGUCCUACCGUUCCACCCGCCAACGUACAUAUCGGAUUCCACCGUGGUCGCCGUGUUCUCUUCAGAGAUAUUUACUGGCCUGAUGUUGUCUCCAUCCACCAUCUUCACAUGCAUAUUAUCGUUGAGCCUCGUUUCUGGCUGAAGCUAUUUAAAUACCCUUCGUGGCUGCCGUUGAUGUGGAAGUCCGAGAAGCAAGUGAUGCAAGAAGUGAAGGGAAAGUCGAGGAAGAGUGGUAAGUCAAGGAUGGCGAGUCUGCUCGGCCGCGUCCUCUUAUAUGGGACAUUUUCUCGUACACGGUAA